AACAGAUUAAUUGAAAUGUGGAGUUGGCUACCCUAAGCGAGAAACAAAUUUGCAAAUAUAUUCUACGAAUAAAAUAUAAACUACAGUAAAAUGGAGCGAAUGGACGUUGAUUCGGAAGCUAAUUUAAAUCUUGCACCAUCAUGCAGUCAUCAUCCCAAAUGUAGAGUUCUAGCAUCAAAUACCAGCAUAAUGGCAGGUGCGGGAACAACACCUUCUGUCACCGCCUCGCUCCAUCCAUUGGUUAUAUUGAAUAUUUCCGAGCACUGGACCCGUAUUCGUGCUCAAGCGGGUGAAACUUGUCAAGUAUUUGGUGCUUUGAUAGGAAAACAAAAAGGUCGCAAUAUAGAAGUGAUGAAUUCCUUUGAAUUAAGAGUUGACAGGGUGGGGGCAGACGUAGUUAUCAACCGAGAAUACUACCAAACAAAGGAGCAACAGUUCAAACAGGUUUUCAGUGAUCUAGACUUUAUUGGCUGGUAUACUACAGAUGAAGCUCCCACACUCCUUGACAUUCAAAUUCAAAAGCAAAUGGCAGAGAUAAACGAAUGUCCCAUCUUACUGCAAUUGAACCCAUUGUCACGUAGUGUUGACCAACUCCCGUUAAAGUUAUAUGAAUCCACUAUCGAAUUGGUAGGGGGAGAAGCUACAAUGUUGUUUGUUCCACUAACUUACACAUUGGCUACAGAAGAAGCUGAGCGAAUCGGUAUUGAUCAUGUUGCUCGUAUGUCUACUAAUGAAACUGGAGAAAAAUCUGUGGUAGCAGAACACUUAGUGGCUCAAGAUAGCGCUAUUAAAAUGUUAAAUAAACGUAUACAAAUAGUUUUAAAAUAUAUUAAAGAUGUUGAAAGUGGCAAAGUGGCAGCAAAUCAGGAAAUUUUGCGCGAUGCAUAUGCCUUAAGUCAUCGAUUACCUGUUAUGAAAGGUCAUGCUUUUCAGGAAGAACUAUACACUCAAUGCAACGAUGUCGCCCUUAUUAGCUAUUUGGGCGCAAUGACCAAAGGCUGCAACGAUAUGAACCAUUUUGUCAACAAGUUUAAUGUACUUUAUGAUCGCCAAGGAUCUGGAAGACGAGCUCGUGGUUUAUAUUUUUAAAGUAAUCCGAGUAUUUUGUGCUGUAAAAUAAAUUAUCUUCAUAUAUGAAACAAAUA